CCAUUAUAGUGACCUGUAAGCAGAAUUUCACAGGAUACCAGAAUCCAUAGCAUUGUAAGCCGGGCUAGUUCACUGCCUAUGGCGUUUCCCCUCUGCGGCACAGCAAACGCGGCACUAGACACAGCAGCCCCGCAAGGGGCUUGCAUGAGGAGCGUCGAGAUUCUUUGGGGCUUAGUGCAAUAAAGCAGGGACACCGCUCGCCGCCGCCAGUCACCUUUUAAUCACACUGAGGGAAGCUGGCACGGAUCAGUACAACAGCAUUGCCAGAAUACUAUGGAUAUGGAUAAGAACUCUCAAGAAGAGUUUACGCAAAUUAUUAAAUUUCAACCUCCUUUGUACAAACAACGCCACCAAUUCGUUAAAGAUUUAGUGGAGAAAUAUAAACCUAAGAAGGUGGCAGAUUUAGGAUGUGCUGAUUGCAGCCUUCUCUGGAUGCUGAAAUUCUGCAGUUGCAUUGAAGUGUUAGCUGGGCUAGAUAUCUGUGCAAAUGUAAUGAAAGAGAAAAUGCAUAUAUUGUCUCCUCUUCCUGUUGAUUAUUUGCAACCAUCUGAAAGAUCCCUAACUGUUACCUUGCAUCAUGGUUCAGUUGCCCAUAAAGAUCCUUGCAUGCUUGGUUUUGACUUGGUGACAUGUAUUGAACUAAUAGAACACCUGGAAGAAUCAGAGCUGAAGAAGUUUCCUGAGGUGGUGUUUGGUUUCAUGGCUCCAAGCAUAGUUGUGAUCAGCACUCCAAAUUCUGAAUUUAACCCUUUGUUUCCACGAGCGAUGUUAUACAGGCAUCCAGACCACAAAUUCGAGUGGAGCCAAGCACAGUUUCAAAGCUGGGCUCUAGAGACUGCUAGAUGCUAUAACUACUCAGUGGAAUUUACUGGUGUUGGGCACCCACCAGCAGGAAUGGAGAAGAUUGGGUUUUGUACCCAAAUAGGUGUGUUUGUGAGAAAAUAUCCUCAAACUGGUGAAUCUGUUCAGUCUGAGAAACCCACUGAACCAGUUUACAAAACAGUCUUCAAAGCAGUGUACCCAAGUCUUAAAGAUGAGAAGUACUUGCAGAAUGCAGUGAUCAGUGAAGUUAUUUUCACAGCCCAAAUCAUUAAGCAUCGUUUUAUGUCAAAACUGAAGGAGUACGGUGAUGAUCCUGAGAGAAAAUCCAAAUUGCAAUCUUCAAUGGACUGUUUUUCAGACUAUCUUGAAAAACUGGUUGUUGAAAAAAGCAUGGAACCAUUUGUCAGUGGAAAUGAGGUUUACAUACCUCUCACAACAAUCUUUUCUUUUCCCAAAGUGAAUCGACUUUGUGGUACCUUUGAGAAGUUAUGCAAGCUUAUUGCUGGCAAGGUCACACUGAACAGUGAUGGUUCUGCUGUGGUGUUCAAUAUUGAGCAUGAAAUGAAGAGAAUUAGAUCACAGAUUUCUCACAUGAAGUUCAGGUGAAGUAAUGAAAGUGGUUUUUUUAGAAGCUGUCAAUGGUGUGAUCUGUAUGCUAACUAGACCACAAAAUCAUUUCUAACCUUUCAUCACUGGUAUUUAUCUGUCAGCACCUCUCAUUGAGUGAAGGUGAGUGCUUCUGAUAGAGGUAACAGUAACUCAUAGGAGUUUCAAGCAGAGUAGCAGGGGCUAAAAGGAAAUAAUUAAUUCCCAAGAAGAGAAUUGAGUAUUUCUGUUUGCUUUCUAUUGCUUUAUGGUAGCUAUCGUUACUAGAUUAUUUCUGGUAGCCUCUUGUUAGUUUCAAGGAUAGUUUGUUUUACCAUCUACUGUGUUGUGCUGAAUAAUGUGUCAGACAUAAGUUUAGGGCAAGUUUUUUCUUAGUUUCUAUAAAAUUUAUGGAUGCCUUUUUCAAGAUGAAUACAUAUUCAACCUUGAUGAAAACCAAAUGUUGUUCCAGCUGAAUUUAAAUAUGGAACUGGCAUCUUUGUUCUGUUUUUGAAAAAAAAAAAUUAAAAAUUAAAG